AUGUCGCCGGAGUACGCCAUGGACGGGAGCUUCUCAGUGAAGUCCGACGUCUUCAGCUUCGGGGUCCUUGUGCUCGAGAUCAUUAGUGGCAGGAGAAACAGGGGAAUCUUGCACCCCGCUCGCAAACUCAAUCUCCUGGGCUAUGUAAGUAUAUAGCUAAUCUAUCGACCAGCCGUGGAGGACCUUAACAAUAUGUUUUAAUCUCACCAUGGGCGGGUGUUCUUCGUAGGCAUGGAGUCUGUGGAAGGAAGGCAAAGGGCUAGAGCUGGUGGACUCCUCUCUGGGGUACCCCAUCCCCAUGGCAGAGGUUCUCAAGUGCGCGCAGAUCGGCCUCCUCUGCGUGCAGGAUUGCCCGCAGGACCGGCCGGAGAUGGCGGCGGUGGUUCUCAUGCUCGGCGGCGACAACGCGGCGCUGCCUCACCCCAAGCAGCCGGAGUUCAUUAUGGCGAGGGUGCACGCUGAGGGCUCCAGGACAUCGAGCAAGGGACUCAUGCGUACUUUCAACGACGUCACCGUCUCCGACAUCGACGGCCGCUGA